GAGUGGCAGGGAAACCGGAAGUGGAGCCGCUGCUGCUCGGUGCUGGAGCCCGUGUUUGGCAACGCGCUGCGGGAGCGGGGCCGCCGGGAACGAGCGAGUGACAGACGUGCCACCCGCCGACGCCGCAGCCGCUUGGGGCCCGCACGGACCCUCAGUCUGAGUAUAGAAUGAGCCAAGGAGACUCAAACCCAGCAGCUAUCCCACAUGCAGCUGAAGAUAUUCAAGGAGAUGACAGAUGGAUGUCUCAGCACAAUAGAUUUGUCCUGGACUGUAAAGACAAAGAGCCUGACGUACUGUUUGUGGGAGAUUCCAUGGUGCAGCUAAUGCAGCAGUACGAGAUAUGGCGAGAACUAUUUUCCCCACUUCAUGCACUUAAUUUUGGAAUUGGAGGAGAUACAACAAGACAUGUUUUAUGGAGAUUAAAGAAUGGAGAACUGGAGAACAUUAAACCUAAGGUCAUUGUUGUCUGGGUAGGAACAAACAACCAUGAAAAUACAGCAGAAGAAGUAGCAGGUGGAAUUGAGGCCAUUGUACAACUUAUAAACACAAGGCAGCCACAGGCCAAAAUCAUUGUACUGGGUCUACUACCUCGAGGUGAAAAGCCCAACCCUUUAAGACAAAAGAAUGCCAAGGUGAACCAACUUCUCAAGGUUUCCCUGCCAAAGCUUGCCAAUGUGCAGCUCUUGGAUACAGAUGGGGGCUUCGUGCACUCGGACGGUGCCAUCUCCUGCCACGACAUGUUUGAUUUUCUUCAUCUCACAGGAGGGGGCUACGCAAAGAUCUGCAAACCCCUCCAUGAACUGAUCAUGCAGUUGCUGGAGGAAACACCUGAGGAGAAGCAGACCACCAUUGCCUGACUGGCUCCCACCAGUGUUCAUAGAAUCCCAGCUUCCUCAGAUCAGUUAUACCACUGGCACUACAGAAUCCUCUUUCUUAAAGGCACUUUGCAUUGUAGAAUGUUCCUGGAUGCUCAUAUCUAGUGUUUGAAGGGGAGGAGGGAUUUAAACUGGUCGUGUGUGUGUGUGUGUGUCUGUGUGUGUGUGUGUGUGUGUGUGUGUAUGUAUGUAUACAUAUAUAUAUAUGUGUGUGUGUAUAUGAAGGCUUGUUUGACACAGGAGAAAAAUUAGCCAAGGAAGAUUGUUGUUGAAUUCAUUUGAAACCAGAAGGGGACUUUUUAGUUGUAUAUGACACAUUUGUUUUUAUCACUGUUUUCCUAGGAGAGCAUCAAGCCCAUGUACAAUAUGAAGAUUUCUCUUCUUGGCCCUUUUUUCUAUGGAUUAUGUCAUAUAUGAUAAUUAUUCACACCUACUUGGCUUUAAAACUUACUUUUGGUUCAGUUUUUAAGGUCCAUGAUUUAGUGUGUUGUUUUACUUUGUUUAACUCAUGUAUCCUUGGUAUUUUAUUAACAUAGAGCAUCAGAUUAAACAUGCUUGUCACUCAGAUGCAGGAGAUGCUAUAGUUACAAAUGAAUUUGUUCCUUUCAGUUCUUCCUAUGCUUAACAAUGAAAAACAGGUUUUGUCCCCUCUGGAGACUCUUGGAGGGUAUUAUUUUUAUGCUGCUGAGUAUCAUACCUGUAAUAGGCCUAUGCAUGCAGCUUUUCCUCUGCUCUCCCCUCAUCUCUGAGCACUGGGGGUGGGGGCAGAUUAUUUACAUUAUAAGCUUUUAAUUCAUUUUUAUCUAAGAGUUCUGUUGCUGGAAGUCCCCAAGCAGUUGCUGUGGCAAUGGUGUUACUGAUGUGUAAGUCAUUCCGUGUGGUGUUCUGUGCUGUGGAGUCGAUAUAGUUUUUUUCAUCCAAAGUUCUGCUUUGCCUUUUGGGUUUUUUGGUUUUUUUUUUUUUUUCCAAUAAAAUCUGUCACAGUUUCCUUUGGUUUGUAGCGGGGGCAAAAUCAGAAUUGUUUCCCAUUCCAUAUGGCCUGAUGUUAUUUCAAGCUUUGUAUUAAGGUGUAUAUUUUUUGUUUUCAUUUUAUAUAUAUAAAUAUAUAGUAGUCCUGGGAAUCAAACCCAGGGCCUAGCACAUACUAAGCAAGUGCUCUGCCACAGACCUAACUCCUGUGUCUCCCCUCCUCUUUUAUUGGCUUAAUUCUUAAAUUCUAUUAAAAAAAAAUUGUCUUUUUUCCAUGGGGAAACAGUGAUGCUGCUCUCAGAGUAGACAUGCUGCCUUUAUCCCACCAUUUUAGUUCAUUUAACUUUUCACGUUUCUUAUUGUGUGUUCAUCAGAUUUUCAAGAGAGAUCUCCUAAUCUUAAUGGUGUGCUUGAGCUACAUGAACUGCCAUUUGAAAGAAUAAUUGAACAGUAGAUGGUUUAUUGUCCAGUAUGCCUAUGAACUCUGUAUGAACUGGGUCUACAAACAUUUUGAACUGGACCAGAUAGCAUAUUUCAGUAACCCAUCAAAUGUACUCUGUCAUGAUUCUGCUUAGUAUUCACAUUCAGUAGCUAAGAUUAGGCUUUAUAUCCUACUUGCAAAGCAAAUAUCAGGGUUGUUUGGAGGAGUUGCUGUUUUGUGCUGAGACCCACUCCUGACUGAGAAGGAUAGAAGGUGUGGUGGGUUUUGUUUGUUUCCUAUUGAGCCUCUUUCUAGAAAUUUAUUUUAUUUUAUGGCAUAGUCUUGUGAAUGUAUCAUGUCUUCAUUAGCAAAAGGAAAUACACAUGGUGUUUACUAAACUUGUUUACUACGUUAAAAUUUUCAUUUUAGUAACCCAAGUAAUUGAGGUUUUCAAGACAGAUUGCUUUUUGAACUGAGGUAUAAUUUACAAAGGAUAUCUAAUUAAGCCAGAAUUUCUGGUGUAAAAAGAUAGCUUUCUAUUCAGUUUUUUUGUGUUUCUCAGAGAGUGGGAAUGUGGUUCAACUGAAUCUAUUAGGUCAUUCCUGCAGCAUGUACUUCUAGCUUCUCUCUUGACCAAGGAUGACAGUCCUCUGUGAGUUGGCUUUCAGCUCCUGCUUAUGUGUAUAAACCUCAGAUGUUACUACAUUUUAUAUUUGCCAGAGCUAUUCAAGCAAUAGUAUUUGAAUCACUAGCCUUUUAAAUAAAAUUCUGCCAUAUUGCUAAUGUGCAGACACUGAGUCCACUGUCAUUUCUUGCCAGAUUUCUUCGUGCUGUUUUAGGCAAAAAAAACAGUUAAUCUAUUUUUCUUCAGUUGACAUCCCAGAUUUCUUCAGUGGCAGAACCCAUUAGUCUUUCUGGGUUUUUAAAUAUAUGAAUUAAAUGCAGUGUCCACAUGAAAUGUCCUAGUCUGACAUUAUGGUUUAGGGGCCAGGCAGCUAGCACAGAUAAUGCUUUGUUCCUUUUUUGGUGGUGGUGGUAAACAGGUUGUUUUUUGAGACAGGACCUGUAUGUAGCCCUUGCUGGCCUUGAACUUUGGUGAUCCUUCUGCCUCUUGUGUCCUAAGUACUGCAAUUCCAGGCCUAUUCCACCAUGCCAGGUCUGUUCAUUUCCUUUCCUAGCAAUUUUUCCUCUGAGAACAUGAUCUCAUGUAGCAUAGGCUGGCCUCCAACUUAAUAUGUAGGCGUAGAUAUCCUUUAUUCUCCUGCCUCUACUUUCCAAGUGCUAAGAAUUAGGCAUGGCCCACCACACUCAGCUUUUUCCAGUAAAUUUUAACCUCUUUGUCCAUCUAGUCCUACUAUGUGGUAGCCAGUGAUGGGACUGGAAAGAUGUCUGGGGUUAUGUCUCCAGUGUAGUGGGUUGGAGAUGUGCUUGCUGGCAAGGGGUGGUCUGCUACAGGUGGCUUGCUGCCCUUGCAUUGUAGAUUGCCAUUGGUGGUACUCUGGCUUCCACUUCAGGUCUCAAUGGACUGUUGAAGACUUUUACCCAAACCUGAA